GGGAGAGGAAGAGAGAGAGAGAAAGAGAGGAGCCCGAAGCGAGCAGAGCGAGAGACAGAGGCACGGGCUCGCGAGCCACCUCUCGCCUCCCUCCGCGCCCCCACCCAGGCACCCUCGCCACCCUCGCCACCCUUGCCCGAAAUCGCUUCCCCACCGAUCGGCACUGGUACACCCCUCUUCUCCGGCGUUCUUCGCACUCCUACUCCUUCUCCGGUGGUCUGAGCCGCCUCGUUCGUCCGUGCCAGCUCGCCAGCUCGCCUCGUCCACCACCGGUUCGGUCCAAGUGAUCUGCUCGAUCCCAGUGCAGAACGAACGGUUCAGGGGUGCGAGGACCUGCGUGAGGAACAGUGAGCAUAUCCGUGAGCAAUCCGUUGUCGUCGUCGUCGUCGACGUCGACGUCGACGUCGUGCCGAUCGAGGACUACCACCCUCUCUGUGCGCGCUGUUGUGUUUUCGACGAGCCAGUGACUCAAGAUGAGGAGCAACGACGCCCGGCUAAAGGAUCGUCGACUUUGAUUCGGAGAGCGGCACCAGGACGAACACACACACACACACGCACACCACACCACACCGACACGCCACAAAGUGUCCGAGGGGACGUUGACACGCGUCGCCGCAUCGCCGCCAGUCCUUACCUAGGCCGGUCGUUCAACGUGGCCCAACUUGGACAUGGUGAGGGGGCAUGUUGAUGUGCCGGCGGUUGCUGCUGAUCGCAGCCGCGAUCACGGCCUCGAUCGAGGCUGGCUCCGCUAGUUACCAUCCCGGAAUCUCAUCGGACUACGCCGGAUACCCUGGUUUCGCGGCCUAUCCGGGCCUGACGUCUUCAGAGUCCGCGUCCAGCGCCACUAUCACGCCGGCCUCCUACUUGGACAAUGUUGCUGUCUGCAGGCCAUCCGAGUACCUGUGCGACACCGGAAACUGCAUCGCCCAGGACAAAUACUGCGACGGCGAAAAUGACUGCGGCGACAAGUCCGACGAGCCGAAAUAUUGCACCCCGUGCAACAGAACCCUGUACGGCGACGUGGGCAGAACCUACUGGGUGGAAGUCCGCCGGCCGAGGGAGGAUCGACUGCCAUUCUUAUGUCAUCUCAACUUCACUGCCGCCGGGUCCGACCUCGGAGACCUAGUUCAGCUGACGUUCGAUAAAUUCAUGGUGGGCCGGUUCACGUCGUUCAUGUCGGAAGGCUGUCCGGACGGGUAUAUGACCAUCCGCGAAGAAGGUCGUCCUGCGACCGGAGGGCAAUGGUGCGGCAGCGCGUGGGGCUACACGGUGUAUUAUAGCGAGACGCCUUCCAUCAACUUGACUCUGUACAUACUGCGACUGUCCGAGCAGGGGAGUGGCUACAAUUUCGACUUCAAGUUGUCGUACAAGUUCCUGAGACGCAGCGAGGCACAUCUCAGAUACGGGAACAGCAGCAUGUCCACGUGGCGGGGUGAGCUGGUGAACGGCACGUACUGCGACCGCGUGCUCACCAAGUGCGACACCAGGGCCUGUCGGCUGCAGUCGCCCAAUUAUCCAGGUGUCUACCCCAGGAAUGUCACCUGCUACUACCGGGUCGAGCAAAAUCGCGCGCCGCCCGGCCAUCGAGCGUUGCUCGCCGUCAGCCAACGGAACAGCCAUAAGAUCCACAUCAAGGACCAGAUCGCGAACUACGACAGAAGCCAGAGAAUAUUAAAAGUUUGGGAUCAGUGCAACACGGCGCAAGAUUACCUGACGGUGUACGACGGCGGCUCCACGUACGACAAAGUGUUGGUCAGACUGUGCGGAGGGGAUGCGGUGCCGGAUAUCGUCAGCAGCCACAACACGAUGCUCCUAGAGUUUCACACGUCGCCGUACGACUCGCCGUUUCAUCAUGUCCCCUUGUCUUUCCUGCCCGGUUUCGAGCUCGAGGUUCAGGUGCUGUUCGUGGACGAGAAGUCGAGAACGUUCGUGAAGGAGAACCACAACUGCGACUUUUAUAUAUCCAGCGAGGACAGCUCGUCGGGCGUCCUGGAGAACCCCAAGCACUCGUUGCCCCCGAACACAACCUGCCGCUAUCGCUUUCAGGGCAAGCCGAACGAGAUAGUGUGGUUGUCCUUCAUCAAAUAUUACGCGGCCAGCGCGGAAGCAGCCGCGAGCAUCGACGUCGCGUCCAACUGUAACGCGACGCUGCUGAUAUGGGACGGCGACCACACGUUACAUAAAGAGACACCUGUCCGGAAGAACAUCUCGUUGCUGGGACAGUUCUGCAAAGACGAUACUCCCAGGCUCUGCGACCACAGCCUCCUGCGGAACGGUAGCCGUCACGCGAGACCGUGCAGCCUCGCGGAAAGCUACGUGUCCACCGGCAGAGCCCUGACCCUCGAGCACAUUCUGCGCCAAGGAAGCGCGCUUUACCCAAUCAGCUUCGUUCUGCGGUACGAGUUCGUGCACGAGGCGGUGCCCUGCAAUCACGUGUUCGGUUCCGCGUCAGCUUCAUCCACGUCUUCCACGUCCUCCUUGUCCCUGUCCUCCGCGAAAAUCGGCAGAUUCGCGUCGCCGAAAAGUGUAUUCUUCUAUGGACGCGGUGGUGCGCAGAACGUUAGCUGUGUGUAUCGUUUCGAGGCCGAGCCGGACCACAGAAUAGAACUGUCCAUAACGAGAGCCUCGUUCGGAAGCAAAGGAUGUUCCUCCUACGUGGAUCCCCUGGUGAACCGAUGGACCUGCGACCGGCGCUUCGACUCCGCCAAGUUCGGCAGCGCGGAGUUGGUCAUCGCCGAGUACCCUUGGCAAGGAGUCGAAUUGGUUCGCGACUGCCUAUGCUCAAACGUCACCGACAGGAUCACUCUGAGAACCCUGACGUCGCACGUGGUCGAGGUCCGUUUCGCGGUGACCCUCAUGAACGUCACACAGGAUUAUAGAGACUUCUUCUUCGAGGGAGAGUACCGUUUCGUCUCUCUAGGGGCCGACACGAGCGAGCAGGGCUGCUCGACCAAGCUGGAGGAACGACGGCUGCGUGGUACCAGCGGUGAAAUCUCUCUGAGAAGUCCCCUGCCGAGGAUCAUUCCUGGCGUAGCCGCCGUCGAAGAGAUCCUGACCAACACGGAGGACCUCACCGCGACCCAGUGUGUCAACGAGCCUUGGCUGAUCGAGCCUGAGGACGCGCGCAUCAAUUUCCUAUAUUUAAGAACCGCGGGAUACAGCAUCACUCUGGACAACGUUGAAGAUUGCACUACGCAGAAUCGCAUCGUUGUCUAUUCGGCCUCGAACACGAAGGACCGCAGCGUGAUAUGCCCCGAGGGUGGCGUCGACACUGCCAGAACGGUCGACUUCUUCUCCGGCGGCUGGAACUAUAGCGCCGUAGAUGCCAGCGUCGCGAUGGCCCAACAUUCCAGGAGCUUCGUGGUCGAGUUCCUUCAGAGAGAACCAGGAUUCUAUGCCGUCACUUGGAUGGCCAUUUCGAAACGGUCUCCCAGUCCGAGCGUUAGCUCGAACGUCUUCACUAUACUGCCACAGGAGGAAUGUCCAUACAGAUGUCCAGAGAUCCAGGCGUGCAUCAGCUCGGUGUUGUGGUGCGACGGUAUCCGUCACUGUCCUUCCGGAUUCGACGAGGAGGAAGCCAACUGUUCGUACCGUUUCGGGGUGACUUUACUGUAUGUGGCCGUGGGUGCCGGUGCCCUAGGAAUAUUUCUGAUCCUUUUACUCGCCACUGGCUGCUUGAAGUACUGCCUCUACCGUCACAAAGCGCGCAAGAAAAAAAAGAACGUCGCCCUGAACGCCAACCACCUUCACGUGAAUCAUACUCAUCACAACAAUGGCCUGACGGGUAGUCGCCUGAGCGGACGCUACAACCUAGCCACGCCUCAGGAGAUGUACCUGGACAAUUACGGGAAGGAUAGUAUUUGUUGACAAUACGCCAUCGCCGAUAUCGAGACCACCGUGUGAAUAAUUAAGAUUUUUAAAUUACGCCUACCUCGCUGGCCUCUGGAUCCACCAAAGACGGACGAUCGACUGAGAGAGAGAGAGAGAGAGAGAGAGAGAUAUCGAUCGUUCCUGGCGCCGCAGCGCGCCGAAACCAUGUACGCAAUAAUCGUAUUCGAAUACCAUAGACCAAUUCUCGAAGGCAUUUAAAAACGAACGAGUCCGAGUCGUUUCGAGUUUUCAACGACGAUCUACGCUUCGAUCGGGAACCGUUGGUCGAAUCUCGCACACAUUCGUAUGGUAACACCACGAAUGUUCAAGAGUAUCUCAAGAGCGAAGACUAGAUCCGGUCGGUGGAACGAUCGUGUAAAUGAUUUUCCUGACAAAGACCCCGGUAUCACGGUAGCUUUAGGGACACACGUGUUAGAUUCAAAGUUGUGAGCGGGAAAAAUUUAAACUACCGGAAAAGAGAAAUGAAGGGGACGGAGAAGUAAAACGAGAGAAGCGAAUGCAAGUAUAUGCUUUUAAAGAAAAAAAAACAAAAAAAACGAAGUAGGAAUCGUAAUUUGCAUCGAGAAAGAAUUUUUAUCAAGGGGGUCGGUUGCCGAAGAAAUAGUGCCACAAACGUCCAUGACCGGAAACGACGCAGAGAACAGAUUUUUUGGCGGGAAGACGGUCGGUAAUAACGCUGUUAACCAUGUGACUUUCGAAUCGCAAGUUCGUCGCAAAAAAACGAGACAUCUGUGAUUCACGUUGGAAAUUGAAGUAAACAAGGCGCAUGGGAUCCGAUAUCAUGAGAAGUAUGUAAAAAAAGAAAAAAAAACGGAGAAAAAAACAAGCAAAAAAUAAUUUCCACCAAUGUCUGUCGCUUUUAAAGUCCAUUUUACCGUAUAAUUUUAUAACCGUCUUAUCCGAACAAUGGAUAGUCGUAUGCAAACUUUUUUAUCGUAAGGAUUUUACGACCAAAAGCGUUAUCGUAAACCCUCCCGAUCCAUCAUCGUGUUAUCGAAUCAAUCGAUGUGAUCUGCGUCGAUCCGUCGACAAUUCCAUCGUUUUUUGUAAGAGACACGCAGCCAACCAUAAUCGUUAACGCGGGAGCUUAGCGACGCCAUUAUCGAUAUUAUAGGGGUUAGUUACGGAGGGAUGAGAUUUUAUCGUUUGAAUUUUAUUACCGAAGAUGUUGUUUAUUACUGAACAUGUUAUGACCAUAUUUUCAUUGAAAUUAUUUGAAAAACGUUGAUUAAAGGCUCCGAACGGUGUGUUCGAAACGAA